CGUGAAGUCAAAACCGGAUGUUCCAUUCUUGUAUUUACACCACGAAAGAGUUGAAGGCCUAAUUAGCAAGAGACAUGCAGAGCACGCCUUUCCUAGAUGAAGAGGACUUUGACUCAAGCGAUGGAGAACCAUCCUUCGCAGAUCUGUUGAUGGAAAGGACCCAUCAAAGCUAUUUCGACAACAAGAAGCAGGACUUUCUACCAGAGGGUACUUUACAAAACCUACUCAGCCGACGCAGUAUCGUCAAAGAAAUGCCCCAGCUGGCUAAUAGCGAAGUGGAAGCUGAAAGGCUCAUUGAUUUUAUCCUCUGCCAAGCCAACAAGGUGUUCGCCAUCACCAUCUAUACUGGGAUAGAUGGACCCAGCCUGCUCAAGGCCAUGGCAAACUUCCACAAACACGAUUUCAACGACGCGCUUUUACCAACCAGCCGCAUAGGACAAACCAACCAGGGGCCAUUCGGGCUCAAAAUAUGGACGAAACUCAAUAUCAAGAAAUUCUGUGACAGCCAAUGGCAAUUUCUGGCUCCGGUAUUCUCCCCUACCGAUUUUGUUUACCACCUAAGCACGGAAUCUAUUCUACCAUUUACAUGGAAGAAUGAAAUAAUCAUAGGAGGGUAUUUUAGCCAAGUUUCUGAAGUUGAGAUCCAUCCGUCACAUCAGGCUGAACCUAAUAUGACAGUCGAUGGCAAGUUGGCGCACUUUGCAGUGAAAGAGAUUAUUGCAAGCACCAUGCUCCAAAAAGUUGAUUUGAUCAAGAACUGGGAGAGUGAAGCAAGGACACUCGAUGAUUUGAGUGACUUGAACCAUCCUCAUAUUAUCCAGUGCGUUGCCGCUAUAACCAGGGGAGAAAAAAGAUACUUCAUUUUUCCUUGGGCUGAUGGUGGAAGCCUACGCGACUUUUGGCAAGUGAACAGUACUCCCCAUCUCAGUCCCGGUCUCAUUAAGGAGGUGAUCGAGCAGUUUUUGGGAUUGACAAAUGCACUCUGUGGGCUACACCACUUCAAGCGAACAGAAAACUACCGACAUGGUGAUCUAAAACCUGACAACAUCUUGAGAUUCAAAACUCACACUGACGACUCGCGAUUGGGUAUCCUUAAAAUCGCGGAUUUGGGGCUGGCUAAGCGUCAUCAUGACCCUACAGAAAUGAGAAGAGCGCCUUCAGGCACUUUGUAUGGUACUGCAAGGUACGAGUCGCCAGAAGCCAGAUCACUACCUGGCAAAGCCAGAUCACGUCUCUAUGAUAUUUGGUCCAUGGGCUGCAUCAUACUUGAGUUAAUUGUGUGGCUUCUAUACGGCUAUGAAGAAGUCCAACGGCUCCAGAAAAUUGUCGAUAGUGACCCCCCUUACGGAGGAGGUAGCUACUUCCACAUGCUUGAACAAGGGCAACCGCCACAGGUUCACAGCAUAGUUGAGAAAUGGAUGGUUCAUAUGUUAGCCGGCGAUCCGGAAUGCUCCCAGCCAUCGGCAAUAAGAGAUCUUCUUGAACUUGUCAGGUCCGAACUCCUUGUGGUACCACUUCCAAACAAAAGGUGCAACGUCGUUAUCAAGGAUCAAACCGACGAGUCUAACAGUGUAACAUUACCACAAAAAGAGAUGAUCCGAACGGAUGUCCGGCAUCGCGCUACCGCAAGUAUCCUCCAUAAAUCACUUCAAGCUAUCUAUAAGAAGGCAGAAAAUGAUUCAAGCUACUGCUUUUCGGGAAAGAGUAGAGAUUAUGUCCGUCGUCCCGAACGACCUUCGCUAUUGUAGACAAAUAAACCACCCCGACAUAUGCGAAGUAGUCCACUAGAACGCGUACGUCCACAUCGUGUUCGGUCAACAAUGUUAUGUGGAUUCGAAAGCAGAGGUUGUGGGUCCAACCCGGCUGUUUGGGGAAUAGUGGAAACGUUAGAACUGUGAUGGAGCCUACUGCAUCGUCCGAGACUCCCAGUACAGCGUUUCAAGCGAUGGCGUGUAAAGCAACGAGGUUCAUCGAACAAACAGUGACAAUUAUACCAAGAAAGAUCCCAACUCUCUUUAUAACAUGUGAGAACAUCAGUCGCACCACCUGAGCUCGCUACAUUAUGCCUAACGACGCAGCACAUCUGAUAACAAUGCAAAAACUAUGCUUCUGUCAGAAUGGGACAAGGUCAUGAGGAGUAAAUCGAUUGAUGAAUUCGUUAAGUAUUA